GAAACACACAGACAUCGGCGACGCCAUCCACGAGGACGCGAAGAAGGACCUAGGCGGCGUACGCUAGCUCGAACCCUUUCACGCGAGCCAACUUGGCCAGGCUAAACAUAUCACAGGCACCGGCAGGCGAGAAGACGCAAGGUGUCGCAGGCUCGAUGUUUGAUACCUCGGGCAGCAUCGGCAAGCAGUUCACCACCCAGGGAGCCAUCGGCGGCACAGCCCAGAAGCUCGGCGGACCUUUCGAUGCAAGCCAAGGGAGCAUCGGCAAGCAGUUUACACCGCAAGGGAGCAUUGGUGGCGCGGUGAAGGACAUGCUCGGCUCGAGCGAGAAGGGUACUAUGCAGGAUAAGUAGCCCGCUGGAGGGCCAGAUGAAUGCGGGUAUCAGAACGGCCUGCUGUUGGUAGUCGAGCACAAACAAUGUUCCUACCGCUUGUAAUGC